CUCCCUUGCUUGCACCUUUUCCAUCAAACUAUUCUGUUACGUAUCACCCACCAUGUCCCCGAAUCCCGAGUCACACGAUGGCGCGGAAAGGCCGCUCCUCACCGAUGAAUCAGAGAUAGGCUAUGGAUCCGCAGCGAGAAGCCCGGCGGAUAGAGCGCAACGCGCCACGUUCACACGGAACCUCGGCGCGUUUGAAGCAUUUGGCAUCGUCAUAAGUAUUGUGAUAGGCAGUGGGGUUUUCACCUCGCCUGGCUCGAUUGAUACCAAUGUUCCCUCCCCCGGCGUUGCUCUCAUUGUGUGGUUAGUGGGGGGAAUGUUGGCGUGGACGGGGGCGACAACUAUGGCUGAACUCGGCACGGCGAUCCCCGGGGAAGGAGGCGUGCAACCUUAUCUGCAAUACAUCUUUGGCGAUGUUUUUGGAUUUCUCGCUGCAUGGACCUGGAUUAUCGCGGUUAUGCCCGCGACGCUCGCCAUCUUGAGUAUCGUGUUCAUUGAAAGCAUCUACUCCGCCAUUGGGGUAGUGAACGAGGCCGACACGAUCAAACACAAGCUUCUCUCCAUCAUAGUGUUGGUUACGAUUAGCGUGGCCAACUCGAUCAGCACCAAAGUUAGCACACGCCUAGGUAGUUUCUUCGUGACGACGAAGUUCCUCACAAUUGCGGGCGUUGUGAUCGCGGGCCUUCUAGUUGUGAUCGUUCACCUAGCUAGCAAAGAAUGGGAGGCGCCAGCCACAGAUUGGUACACCAAGUCGUGGUUUGGGUUCCGGGACACUAUCGCCCCAGAUGGAACAGAGAUUCACUGGAGCGACUUGGCCGGAUGGACGAUGCUCGGUCACUAUUCCGCCGCUCUCUAUGGCGCCCUGUGGGCGUAUUCCGGCUGGGACAAGGCGAUCUAUGUCACCGCAGAGCUUUCUGCACCGGCCAGGCAGCUCCCCCUCGCCAUCAAUACCGCGAUUCCGAUCGUCAUUCUGUGUUUCUUUGCUGCCAAUACCACCUACUACAUCCUACUCCCGUGGAGCGUGGUGUCAACAACCGAUAGUGUCGCCGUGACCGCCAUCACCCAUCUACUAGGCCCUGCAGCAGGCAUUAUCGCCGCAAUCCUAAUCUGCCUCGUCGUCGCGGGGUCCUUACUCGGAAACUCCUUCGUAGCCGGCCGCAUGGUCGUUGCAGCAUCUAACCUGAACUGGCUCCCCAGAUUUCUAGGUCUCCUCGGUCAACUAGGAAUCCCAUCCGACGAGAACAGACCCACUGAAUCAUCGGCCGACUCACGUACCCCAACCCCAAAAUCCGACGCCCCGAUCAACGCCAUCGCCCUAUCCACAAUCUUACCAAUUCUCUACAUCCUUUUCGGCGACUUCCGAGCCCUCCUCACACUCAACGGACUGGGCGAGUACUCGUUCUUUUUCUUGACCGUGUUAGGGGCUAUUAUCUUGCGGUUUCGAGAACCGGAUUUGCGCCGCCCGUAUAAACCCUUUGUUCUGAUUCCGAUAAUCUUCGCGCUGGUUAGUGGGUUUAUAGUCGUUCGAGGGGCAGUGUUUGCCCCUGUUCAGGCGGUGAUUUUGAUUUCGCUUUGGGUGAUUGGAGUUGGAUAUUUCCAGGUUAGAAAGCGAUGGGCGGGUGAAGCUGUGAGAGAGGCUUAAGCCAGGGAUAUAGAAGUGGCAUACGUUGCGUGAGCUAGUACUACAUCAUAGCAUAUGUACUUAGUUCAUAUCUAGGUAUAGAGCAGAAUGCGUUGGUUGCGUA